AUGGCCGCUGCAACAACCGCGCCUCGUGGUCUUCAACCAAACGCAUCUUUACCAGCCAAGGUUCAACCUAUUCCUCCUAAUCAGACCCUCUAUGUAACGAAUCUCCCCUCCUCAAAAAUCCAGAAAGCCGACCUACGAACCGCCCUUUACCUCCUCUUUUCCACAUACGGACCUGUCCUCGACGUUGUCGCUCUUAAGACAAUGAAGAUGCGCGGUCAAGCCCACAUCGUAUUUCGGGACGUUCAGUCUGCUACACAAGCUAUGAGAUCUCUCGAGGGACAAGCAUUCCUCGGUCGCGACUUGUCCAACUUUGUGGCCAAACUCGACGGCACUUUUAAGAUCCCCAAUGUCGCAGGUGCCACCAAUGUCGAGCAGACUGAACUGCAACAGAGCAUCUUCAACGCUCCCCCUCCCGGAUCAGCACCGGCACCCACGCCCGGCUCUGGUCUUCCUGCGAAGCCUGCUGCGAACGCGGACCAUGUUAUGGAAGACGCCGAUACACCGGGUGGCCGAGGACAGAAGCGAACCCGUGACGAUGAGGAUAGUGAUUCGGAUGUUGCCAUGGAGGAGGACAGUGACGAUGAUUGA